AUGGUUUUCAACGCAACCGCUCUUGUGCCACCCAAUUGCUUUGUCAGGAUUGGGAAGAAUCUGUUUCAGAAGAUUUUUGUCCAGAAUGGGAAGAAUCUGGACCAAAAUGUUCAAACUGAUGUACUGUACAUAGACUUUGAGAAGGCUUUCGAUACCGUAGACCACCAGAUCCUUUUAAAAAAACUUAAACAUUUUGGUGUAGUACACCGCAUGCAUGAUUGGUUCAAAGAUUAUUUGCAUCAACGAUUCCAACGAGUUGUUGUACACGGUGCAGUCUCCGACUGGGCACAUGUUACUUCGGGCGUUCCGCAAGGAAGUAUUUUGGGUCCUAUGCUAUUUGUAAUAUUCAUAAACGAUUUACCAGACGUUGUGCCAGAUUGUAUCUCUACAGGACUUUACGCAGAUGACACCAAAGUCUACAGGGACGUAUAUCAACUAUCGGUGACU